AUGUCUUCAACCUCAAUGGUGGUGCUAGUCGAGAGAUUAUUGACGCCUGAGUUCAGUGUACAACUCCAAAGAGGGACUAAAAAAUCCGUCCACUGUGCUUACGCUGAAGAGAUUAUUCUGAUAACGGGAGAGAUACUGAUUUUAUCAAUGUCGAAUAAUUCGAAUGGUCAACAGCCUGCUCAACAACAACAAAUUCAUCGAUUAGUUGCCCCUCCUCAACAAGGGAAUUUGCAAGCUCUCGUUCCCGCAAUAGCUCCACAAUACGUUCUUGCUCCAACUCUUCAACAGGAUGGAUUCGAUUUAAUUCACGGAAACCCAUUUUUAUCAAACUCUACUCACACUUCAGUUGCACCAGAUUUUACAAAGUUUUUGUUGGAAGGAGAUAACAAUUUGUGUAGAAAUGAAUAA